AUGUCGGCGACAGAAUUUUCAUCGUCUAAGGAAGAACUGAUCAGGGCUAUCAGCAUAAUAGAAAAGUCUUUAAAGGGGAAAAGUUUUGCAGAAGUGGCAGGUGUCUCUAAGAAGGAGGUGAGUCUGGAAAACCUAAAGAAUUUGGUGGAAAUGCUGGAGAAGGAGGCUGGUGACAUGAAAUUGUCACCACUGAAUUACAUACUUAAAAACAUGGAAGAAAGCAGAAUUGCUUAUAAAGUAUAUUCAAUCAAGGAGAGAAGAAUUGAAAAUGAGGCUACGGAGGAAACAGAGAAAGCAUUGAAGCCAAUCUGGCAUCAUAUCUUGCCAGAGGAAGCAGUUACGGCACUGCUGUGCAUUUCAAAGAGAAAGAAAAGGAGAUUGAUAGAGAAGUUAUCACACUGGAAGGACGUAAGGACUGUAAAUAUGAAAGGAAGUAAAAAAGAAGAUAUGGUCGCAUGCGCAUUGGUGUCGGAAGGUCGUAUGAAAGAAGUAAUGGAUUACAAAGAAGAUUUUAAAUAUAGAAAAUUGGUUUAUGAUCUAAAGGAAAUGCCAAAAGAAAUAGAAAACGUGUUUGAUUGCUUCCAGGCCCAAAGUAUGAAGCAUACUAGUAUAAAGGUUACUUACAGCAAAGCUUAUAAGGAUAGUUCCUUCUGGAACAAAAAGAAUGCCAUCAGUAGAAAGAGAAAUGUCGGAAGCACUAAAAAAUUCAAUGUAACUGGAUCGAAGAACGGCUAUAUCAAUAAAGAAUCUAUUGAUUAUAAAGAUAGUGAUGUUGAUAGUAACAUCAACGGAUAUAUCAAUGUUGAAGGUGACUCGUUUCAUAGUGUUAAACAAGUGCAAUCAGCAGUCCAACGAAAAGAACCUUUUAUUGAUGGCCAAAUCAUCCACAGAUCAAAGCGUUUCAUGCUUCCUCUCGGAACCGGCAGUGACAGACAUAAUCUCUUCAACACUUUUCAUGAGAAACUUGAUAACAUCAGACAACAUAGAGAGGAAAUGCGAGAUGCUGGUAUGAAGGGUAUUCAUCUUAACUUCCCUUUCUUGAAGGGGCACAACUGGUUAAUGAAUCUAGGAUACCCGUCAGCUCAUUCACAAGGGUGGAAAGAGCCGAACCAAAGAGUGGUAUGCGGUGACAAAACUUGUCAUAAAGACGCUGAAUGCUACAGAAGAAAAUGCCGAUGCCGCCGAGGACUGACUGGUGACGGCGUUAACUCGUGCUCCAAUCUGUGCAAAUGUACAGUGUCCGGUGAUCCUCAUUUCCACACAUUUGAUGGUCAAACCAUUCAUCUGAUGAGUGAUUGCAAACACAUUCUUUCUGAAUCACGGAACUUUAAAGAUGGCUGCGAUUUCCGAAUUGAAAUACAGAAUGAAAAACGCGGUACAAAUAAAUUUGUUUCCUGGCCACGCUCAUUAGAUAUACAAAUUUAUAAUGUAACCGUACGCCUUAGUCGUCACAGCAAAAUUUUCAUCAACAAUGAAGAGAAAUUUCUACCUGCCACUAUACUUGGUGGUAAGCUUCGUAUAUUCAAAAGUUCUAAUUCAAUGCAAAUGACCACCGGUUGCGGCAUCCAAGUGAGUUUCAAUGGGGACGAUUUAGCCGAGGUCCAAAUUCCACAAAAGUAUCAGGGACGCAUGCGCGGUCUAUGCGGCGAUUGUAACGGCAUCAAGGACGACCUUCGCACUAAAGACAGUCUUGACGUCUCACAAAUGAAGGAUAAGUUCUCAAUAAUUGGUCUAAGUUAUUUGGUCAUUGACACCUCAAGCAAUGCAAAUAGUCAUUUGACUGCGGCCAUACUAGACCACCACCUUGAAGGUUUUAAGUCGUGCAAAUCGACCCUAAGACUUAUGUUUAAAUCCUAG